AGAGAGAGAGAGAGAGGAACUGGGUCAGUUCGUCACGCUCCAAACUUGCUUACACAGCCAGCCCAGCAGGCACCAUCCGAGGAGUUGCAGCUGAGGAGUCAGGAGUGACCAUGCCACGCAACCGGCGGCCGAGCACGACCCCUCCCUCCGGGGCGGGGCCGGCCUGUCUCGUCGUUGGCCUCUUGCUCGGCAGGUCCGGUCGCGCCGUGCAGGCCUUCGUCCCUACCCACCAUCGAGGUGUUUCCUCGUUGUUGACGCGGCCGUUUGCGCCGGCAAGGGGAGGGCGAGCCUUGGUGAGGCCUAGGGCGGGAGACAUGAGGCUCUCGGCCACGGGGGGUAGCGGCGGGGCCGGAGACAUUGACUCGUCCGAGUUGUACGCAGAUAUGCGUCGCCGGCUAGAGGAGCUACGACAGAGCAGCAGUAGCCGCAGCGACACGGGCUUCUCACCAAUAGAGGACGACGUGAGCGAUCCAGGUCUGUUCCAGCAGCAAAACGACCAGGAUGGUGGUGGGGGCGGUGGGGGCGGAGCGAAGGCGUAUUCUGCGCAGGAGAUGAAGCAGCGUUACUACGAAGCGUUCUGGCGAGCAAGAAACCUGCACAGGGAGGCCAAGUUCGAGGCAAGUAGCGGCGCCGAAGACGACUACAGCUCGGACACCCCCGCGCCGCCCGCCACCCCGCCACCGGAGGCCGAAGCGGGUUCUCGCACAACGAUUCUCUCGCACAUGGCAAUGAACAUGUUCCUCUCUCGCGGCGCAGCCGCCGCCGCCACGGACGAUGCCUCCGCGACCUCCUCCUCCUCCUCGGAUGUGCAAGGGCUAACCCAGAUGUAUCACCUCGAACUCGAAGAAGAGGAAGGGGUCCUUGCUUCUACGGCGGUGGCUGCAGCGGCGACGGCAGAGGCGUUGCCUGUACGACAACCGCAGCACGCGGCGGUGAGCACCGAAGCCGUUUUCGCCGCGCCGGACGUUGCCGCCGAAGCGGAGUCGAUGAUUCCUACCGCCCAGCCGCAGGGGUUGACCCAGGUGUUCUUCCUCGACCCCGAGGACGAGGCCUUGGCGGCCGCCGCGCUUCCCGUGGUGCCCGAACGGUCGUUCCUGAGGGAGAGGCUCGGCGUUCCCGGGGAGUUGGUGCAGGACUUGCGCCAGGUGGAGUUGGACCACGCACGUCUUGCCAUGCUCGCCGUGCUUCUGAGCGGUGUUGUAGGGGCGGGGGCAGGGGCAGGGGCCGGCGUGUUAUUGAACGCGCAUGACGGCUUCUCAGCGCUGGCGGACGUUGCCCGGACUCCCUGGCUCGACCCCUACGUGGCGGGUGGCAUCCUAGCCGCGAAGGCCCUGUCGGAGGGAGACUGGCGGGUCGGCAAGGGCGCCAUGGCCGGGUUGGCAGACCGAGCCCUGAACGCGGUGUCGAACACGGGCGCGAAGGUGCUUCGCCUCGGUUCUGGUAACGAGCUUCGCAGGCUUGCGGUCGAGGUCGAGGUGAAGCACGGCCGCAUGGCACUCGGCGCUGUCGUCUGCGCCAUGGCCCAGCAAGGGCUUCUUACGUCGGUGGCGGCAUGAGAGGCAUGAGCGGGGGACAGGGUCCCCCUCUAGUUGUCCCUGCUGCUCCUCUAGCGUUGGCGUCCGCUGCCUGGGAGCAACCGCAACAAGAACGAUAUAUUUGUUGAAUCGUUGAGAGCAACAAGUGGACAUCUGAUGGAUGCAUCAGAAAGUUCCGGCAAUAGUGAUGUUCGAUUGCCUAGAGCGUCUCGCGAGCUAGGGGGGGGAAUAGGGGAGGCUGUGGGGCGCGAAGAACUAGCGGUUGUGUGAUGGGAGAGAAAUAAGAUGUAAGGAAAGAAGUGAGGAGAGGAAAGCAAGGCUGCUGAUUGGACACACAUCCAUGGCGUAGUCAGUGGUGUCAUGUGGUUGUCCGGUUAUCCUUAUCCGGGCUGGAGGUGCACGCCGUCGUUUUCGGGAACGUUGAUGAACGGGAUGAACCCACGUGUAAAUGGCCGCGGGCCCAAAGAGCUACCUUUAGGUUAUUUGUAGCAGAUAAGCCAGGGCUUGUACGGCAAGCUCGCCCUCGACAAAUUUGCUUGCGUCGUACCCUCUUGACCUUGUUGUCUUCGCCCCAUGUAAGUAUAGCCGCUCCCCUGAUGCCCCAUGUAUAUCGUGGAUGGUUUUGACGUUAGGGUGCCGGAGUUGUUUGGUGAGAUGGUAUAUUUUUUCCUUGCGUCGUGUCGAUGUUAUUUUGAAAGGAUUUGGUGGGAUCUCGACAAUGCCGCAAGCAAACGCGGAUGUUUUCGUCCCUUUCUGUGAGUAGGCGACAGGGCUGUUUGUGUGUGUCAUGAAUCGACGUUGCGUCGGUUUGUUGAGACUCGCCCAUGUGUACAAAGAGAAUGGGAUAUUUUCCUAACAGCCCCAGUAAUGCAGGUAUUUGUGAUGCCAAUGGGCGCUCACUGCAUGAGCAAAUACAUGCAUCGGGAGGAGUUGGUGCACGGCAGUAGCUCGAUUUUGGGAAUAUGCUCGUGUGGUAUUGUCCCUGUGUCAUCUAUCGCCUUGUCAAGAGAGACAACUCGCUGUCUACAGCGACAUGCACCGCCGUGUGCGUCAUGUCUUCGUGGAAGUAGGUGUAGCGAUUCGCACACCACAUGCAGUCGGGACGAAAAACUGCGACAUAAAGUGAACACAAUUGGC